AUGUUGGAGAAUUACAGCAACCUUUCGGAACUGACCUAUUCCCAGGAGAAGGACACUACAACAGUGUUGUAUCUCUUUUUUUUACAAACAGGUCUUGCUGUUGCUAAGCCAUACUUGGUAACAUUUCUGGAGCAAACCCAAGGGUCUUCGGGUGUGAAAAGACAAGAAGCAGCCACCAUCCCUCCAGGCUCAACAGGCAAUGAAUUUAAUACUCACAGCAAGACCAUCAACCACAACUCUCUAAGUAUUCAAUGCCAGAGAAUUCAUAGAGGAGAGAAAUGCUACUACUUUGAAGAAUGUGGUAAGGCCCUUAGUUCUCAGUCAACACUUUCUAUACGGCAGAGACGUUAUAUUGGAGACAAACCCUACAAGUGUAAAGAAUGUCAUAAAACGCUUAGUAGUCGCUCAUCACUUUUAAUACACCAGAAAUAUCAUACUGAUGAAAAAACCUACAAGUGCGAAGAAUGUGGCAAACAGUUUUUGCGUUCCUCACAUCUUCAGCAUCAUCAAAAAAUUCAUACUGGAGAGAAGCCAUACAAAUGUGAAGACUGUCACAAAGCCUUUCUUCAUCACUCAUAUCUUAGGAAACACCAGGCAGUUCAUACUGGAGAGAAACCCUACAAGUGCGAAGAAUGUGGAAAUUCAUUUUACUAUCCUGCAAUGCUGAAGCAACAUCAAAGAAUUCAUUCUGGAGAGAAACCUGACAAGUGUGAGGAAUGUGGAAAAGUCUUUUCCUCUGCUUUCUUCCUUAACCAGCAUAAAGGAAUUGAUUCCAGAGAGAAAAGGUACCAGUGUCUAGAAUGUGGCAAAUCCUUUUGCUAUCGUUCCUAUCUUAGGGAACAUUACAGAAGGCAUUCUGGAGAGUAUCCCUAUAAGUGUGAAGAAUGUGGCAAAGGGUUUUCCCGUUCUUCAAAGCUUCAGGAGCAUCAAACAAUUCAUACUGGAGUUAAACCAUACAGUUGUGAAGAGUGUGGCAAAUGUUUUUCCUCUCUUACAUCCCUUAAAAGACACCAAAUCAUCCAUUCUGAAGACACUCCCCAUGAGUGUGGAGAAUGUGGCAAAAAGUUUUCUAGCUCUUCCCGCCUUCAGGAACAUCAGAAAAUUCAUACUGAAGAGAAACCAUACAAAUGUGAAGACUGUCACAAAGCCUUUCUUUAUCAUUCAUUUCUUAGGAGACACAAAGCAGUUCAUACUAGAGAGAAACCCUACAAGUGUGAAGAGUGUGGGAAAUGUUAUACCUCUUUUACAUCCCUGAAAAGACACCAAACACUCCAUUCUGCAGACAGUCCCCAUGAGUGGGUAUAAUGUGGUAAAAGGCUUUCUAGCUCUUCCCGCCUUCAGGAACACCUAGAAAUUCAUAGUGGAGAGAAAACAUACAAAUGUGAAGACUGUCAAAAAACCUUUGCCAUUCAUUUCUUAGGAGAAACUAGGCAGUUCAUAUUAGUAGAAACCCUACAAGUGUGAAGACUGUAGGAAAUGUUUUUCCUCUUCCUUAACCCUUAAAAGACAUGAAAUAAUUCAUUGUGAAGACAGUCCCUACAAGUGUGGGUAAUGUAGCAGUCUUCUCUAUGCUGUCUACCCUUACAAAACACAAGUUUGUUCAUUCUCUAGAGAAACUGUCAAAGUAGGAAUGAUGUGGGAAAGCCUUGUCUUCUAAUUCUUCCCUAAUUUAACACAAGUCCUACUAGAGUGAAACCUUACUAGUGGGAAGAAUGUAGGAAAAUGUUUUACUCUACAUUACAACUGAAAAAACAUAAAUGAAUACAACGUCAAGAGAAAGCAUGAAAACGUAAUGGAUGUGGAAAAGCCUUUUCUAUUGACUGUUAUCAGCAGAAAGAGUAAUGCCACUAAGGUGAAGAGUGCAGCAAAACGUUUCACUCUAGAAUUAAAUUUCAAAAUAUUUAUACUGUAGAAAAACCAAGUGUGAAGAGUGUCUCCUUGUGUUAUGUUACCCUUGUGUACCCACUAAGUUAAUUGUUUUGAAAUGUUAAAUAUCUCUUAUCCAUGAGCACAAAUGCUAAGAAUAUGAUCAGAUGACGUAAAAAUGCAUCUUUGAUGUAAUCUCCCCACUACUCUCUAACCCAGCGUGUUUGGAAUAUACCUUGAUUGAUAAAUUUCUUUCUUCUGUGCUAUCAGUGUACCAUGAAACUGUUACCAUGCUGUUACAUGGUUGUUUGGGUGACCUGAAUCUGAGUACUGGGCCAUGGUAUACUUACUGUUGUUUUCCCCGCGGAGACACCAAAGCACUGUAAUGAUGUCUCUUAUGGGCUUUGUGGGAAGCUCCAUGAACUCACAUUUCUCACCAGAUAUGACUAGGAUGAAAUGACCUGCUUUGGGUCCCAGCCAGCCUGAGGUGAGUGAGAACUAGUGUUUGUCUCCCCAGGAAGCCCCAAAACAACAGAUAGUUGUGUUCGGUUCCAGAAUAAAGAAUCUCUGAUCUGCUUUAAGUUCAGAAAGUGUUAAUUGUGUGCAUACAUGUGCCUGUACAUAUGUGUAUAUGUGUGUCAGUACCAACAACAUUGUCAUAACAAACUCUCAUACUGUAAUAAGGACAAAAGCCAAAUGCACUCACUCAGCAGAGACAAUAGAUAUGCUUAUUGUUUGGGACCUAGGUAAAAUGUUAAAGCCUAGAUUCCGAAUGUUGAGCCUAGAUGGAACAUUAAGGCCGAGGUAAAAUGUUAAGGAUUAUGUGAUAUAUAAUAGCUAGCCUGCCAUUAUAAGGAAACUUUAUCAUAAGUUUCUGCUGUUACUAGGAAACUUUCUAACAUGUGACUGAUUAAAUUUUAUGUUACAUUCUCUGCCUUUGGAAACUAAUGGCUAUAGAAGUCAGUGGAACUGUUUUGUGUAGUUACCCACAAUAAGCUUGGACUAAAACCAAGCCUUCAACAGCACUUCCUGUACCUGUGUCUAGGCUUCUGUGGUAUAAGCUGCUCCUGGGAUGGGCCCCAAUGUAAGAGUUAUAAAAAAAAACUACUUAAGUUUUCUAUUUUGAAUUAUACUUGAGUAAUGUUUAAGUUCCCAAGACCUCCCUGGGAACUGACAUCUUACUUGGCAGAGGGAAACAUGUAAGUGGGUAACUGACAUCCUGAUUGGAAAGUUAAGACAUGAAUGUUACACCAGGUAAGCCCCCGACACAGUGGAAUAUCUCAAGCAAUGGGGGCAGGAUAAGUGCACAACAAAGACAUGUUCCUAAGGAAAUGUCCCCAUCCCUAAAUCCUGAGGGUGAAAUAACUUGGCAUAGAUUUUUUGUGGACUUGGGGCUUAAAAAUCCUAUAAGAUCUAAACUCAAUGUCAUGGUUCAUUUCCCAAAUCUAGACUGUAGCUGUGGCCAAUGAAUCCUGGGGUGUAUGCUCAAUAAACUGUCCCUGUCUGACUGUUA